AUCAAACAGUAUCUAAAGCUGUGUUGGCUUUGGGCUUUAGUUUUCAGUGUAGAAAAUUUUGAAAACCGAAGAGAGAAGUGAGAGAUUUUUUGGGGACUGACAGCCCUUUCAAGUUCAAAGCUUUGUUGAAGGAAUUUUUUCUUUCAUUUUCGCUAUUCUUUUUGCAAAAUUAAUGGCUACUGAAGAGGUCAAUAACCCUCCCUCACUUCCUUCUUACCCACAGCUAAUUAUUAAUGCCAUAGAAGCAUUAAACGACAAGAAUGGUUCAAACAAGACCUCAAUAUCCAAAUACAUAGAGUCCAAGUACGGAGAUUUGGCUGCUGGCCAUUCCACUCUCCUUUCUCACCACCUUAAUAUAAUGAAAGAAAGUGGGGAACUUGUGUUUUGGAAAAACAAUUACAUGAAAGCUGAUCCGAACGCUCCACCAAGGCGUGGCCGUGGUAGGCCUCCAAAACCCAAGGUCCCAUUGCCACCUGGUAUGGUUUUAAGCUCUGCAAGGCCUAGGGGCCGCCCUCCUAAGAACCCCAAUGCUCCCCUUAGGUUCCCCAAGCCUUCUGGGAGUGGGAAACCACGUGGAAGGCCAAGGAAGAUGGCUCGACCCGAAGGGGGAAUAGCUGCCAGCUCCACAACUAUGAUGUCGGCCUCCGUUAGGCCUAGGGGACGUCCGCCUAAGGUGAAGACUUCCGCAUUCACUGAAGUCAGUGUUGGACAUUAAACAGUAUUCUCUUCAACGGUUUUUAACUUGUAGUGGUGAUUUACUAUUUACUUUAUGUUUAUUUGUUUGUUUUGUUGUAGAAUUUGCACGGUGUUUGUUAGUUUGAUAAUCGUGUGUGUUUUUAAGUGUCUUCUAGAAAAUUUAAUGUAGUUGUACUUGAGGCUUUGUACUUUUUUCUUCUUCUUUAUUUCUUUUAAAUUGAAAGUCCUUCUAAAAAGGAUGAGUUUGACGACCA